AUGUCCAUCCUAAUCUCCUACCUACAUCACCGGCGGGACUGCCGCCUAAAGCAGUCUCAACGCUCCUCAACAAUCUCCUCCCUCCCCGCGAUCUACCACACCCCCCUCUCCGAUUCCGACAAAUCCAUCAUCACGUCCCCCAUCGCUUCCCUCGUCGCGGGCAUCCACGCCGGCACCACCUCCCCCCUCUCGGUCCUCCAUGCCUAUGGCAAGCUCGCGGUUAAAGCACACGCUAGAACGAACUGCCUUACCGAGGUGAUGAUUUCCGAUGCGGAGAAGUGGGCUGAAGGCGACCGCGAGAAAGGAGGGGUGAACCUCAAGGGGCCGUUGGCUGGCAUCCCGGUUUCAUUGAAGGAUACGAUUGUUGUAGGCGGGUAUGACACGACGGUGGGGUAUUCCUCUUUUGUGGGGAAUAAAACAACACAGGAUGGGGCGAUUGUGAGGCUGCUGAAGGAUCUUGGGGCGGUGCCGUAUGUCAAGACCAACUUGCCGAUUACGUUACUCUCCUUUGAGAGUACGAAUGCUGUCUGGGGGCGCUGUGUCAAUCCUCACAACCCGGCGUACUCCCCCGGCGGGAGCACAGGAGGGGAGGCCGCGCUUCUCGCGAUGGGAGGACGAAUCGGUGUCGGCUCUGACGUAGCAGGCAGCGUGCGUCUUCCCGCACACUGGAGCGGAUGCUAUAGUUUGAGGUGUUCCACAGGCCGCUGGCCGAAGGCGGGGAUUUGCACCAGCAUGCCUGGACAAGAAGGGGUGCCAAGCGUAUAUAGUCCAAUGGCGAGGACGCUGGAUGAUUUGAGGUAUUUUGUGCGGGCUGUGCUGGAUGAGGGGACACAGGUGUGGAGGUACGAUCAUAGUGUGCAUCCCUUGCCAUGGCGUGACUCUUUUGAAAAGGAUGUCCUCCAGGAGAGGAGAAGGCUCAAGGUGGGGGUUUUAAGAACGGAUGGCGUGGUUGACCCGUCUCCGGCGUGUGUGCGGGCGCUGGGGAUGGUUGAGGAGGCGCUAAAGAGGGAGGGAUGUGAGGUUGUGACGGUGGAGGGGGCGCCGGAUAUGUACGAAGGGUUGAGGCUGGCCAGUCUUUUGUUGAAUGCGGACGGGUGCCAGAUGUUUGAGUCGUUUAGACGUUGGGGGGAGUGGAACGAUCCUGGGGCAAGGCAGAUGCGGAGGUUGGCUUCUCUGUGGGCGCCGCUAAGGUAUAUUUAUUACCUUUGGGUGAGGUAUGUAAGGAGCGAUCAGGUGUGGGCUGGGUUGGUCAGGCAUUGGAGCCCCAAGUCGGCGUUUGAGAACUGGAAGCUGGUCAUGCAGAGGGAGGCUUAUAGGGCGAAAUGGUUUGAGUAUUGGAACAGCCAGGGGUUUGACGCGAUCAUUGCGCCGCCGAAUGCGACGCCUGCGCUACCGCAUGAUGCGAUGAAGGAUGCGCUCGACUACUCGGCAGGCGUUCUUCCCGUCACCCGCGUCGACAAGGAACUUGACGCGCUGCCGGCAUCGUUCAAGCUCAGGAAUCUGAACGGCGUCGCGCAAGGGGCCUACAAGCACUACAAGGCGGAUCGCAUGCACGGGCUGCCGGUCGGCGUGCAGGUUGUCUGCCGCCGGCUGGAGGAGGAGAAGGUCCUGGCGGUGAUGCAGAGAAUUGAGGACGGGCUUGGGGAAGAAAAGUAUAAGUUGAUGAGUCUGGACGAGCUGGAUUAG